AAAAAACUGAUAACCGCCAAAAUUUGGCUCGGGAAAAGCAAGUCUUGUUACAGAGUGAUUAUUGAGGGAAUACUCUUCUAUCAAUAACAUCGGAAGGCACAUUACCUCGGUUCUACUCGAACAUUGUAUCUAGAUCUUACAAAAAUGGACCACCAAUUUACGGAAGAAGAGGAGAUAUGGCUGUUGGAGGAGAUGCUGAACAAACCAUUGCACAUCGUCCUCAACCACCUGCCCGAAACGACACAACCAUCAACCCCCAGCCCCGGAACCGCAGCAACACCAGAGCCUUAUGACCCCACGCACCCGGGUUUUCUGAGACCGGAUCGGCAGCCGACCAGGGCACAGCCGAAAGAGGUCAGUCAGGGGCUAUUUAAGCACAAGAGGUCCAAGACGCUGAUCAGACCAGUGACGCCCAGCUUGCUGAAGCUGACCGGGACGCCAAGUUCAAAAGCACGGAGAUUGGAGGAGCUUUUUGGGGCCAGCCCCACCCGAGACACCUCUCCGAAGAAGACGUCAGGAACCGGAAGCCACGACACGAUCAUCAACCCGGGCCCACGCCUCAAGCGCAGUCCCCAGUUGAUCGCCGCGCCGCAGACGACGAAACCCGUUGAUACCGUGACAUCAAAUGCCGAACCUGAGGAUCCUGAGCCAGCGGAACCUGCUGUUGAACCUACCGUUGAACCCAUGGAUGCCGUCGUAUCUGCAGCGGAACCUGUAAAUAAAAAGAAAAGUGUUAACCGUCCGGGCCCACGUCAACGACGCAGUCCCCAACGGGAAAGCCAGAGAAGUCGGGAGCCCAUUGUUGAGCCAGUAGACCGCUGGGUGAUGCCCGAAUAUCCAGGACUGGAAGACUACCCAGAGUCUUUCUCAGACAAACCGGGAGAUCUGUUCACCAGCACCCAGAUCUCCAAGACGCCGAUGCAGACACUGAAGGAAUCUUUGGCCUGUUUAGAAACCCUACAGAGCCGCCCAUUUCUGCCAGGACAAAAGGGCAAACGCUCUUUCAGUGCGUACGAUAAGAAGGGACGCAUCUGGAGGGUCACCCAGACCCGCAACCAGCCCAAACCAACACUGAUCCUGACUCAGCAGCGUCUAGAGGACCUGGUGGGUAAAUUUGAGUAAAGAAAAGUGGCAAACCAGUUCACCACUUUUCUUUCCAAGGAAAGAGGGGUAUGACCAAGGUUGUGAGUAUGACAGAGAUAGGAUGAGUAGGGACAGGGACUGAUGGUUGGAGAGGGGAGGACGAGAAGAGAACGGAGAAGAGAGGGAAUGAAUGGCAGCUACCU